CUUGGGUUUGUCACGUCCGUGCUCGGUCAAGUGCCGACAGCCACACAGCCCGUGGCCCCGUACGACUCGUUUGGCUACCUGAUCUAUGCGCAGAACGGAUCCUCGGUUCAGCGCCGUGUCAGCGAUGUAAUGCCAGGGGACGUGAUCGUCAUCCACGACGCGAAAUUCAAGGGGCACAAGGGCUUGCAGAGCUACCAUCAGACCGUUGGGACAGACGCGCCUCUUUACGCAAUCAUCGGGGAUUACGAGGUGAAGAAGGCCAAGGUCAAGGUGUUCCAAGCGAAUCAGCAUGUAGGACAGCAGACUGUGGAAUCGGCUAGUUAUCGCCUCGAGGAUCUCAAGAGUGGAAGUGUAAAGGUA